AUGCUCUCACCUGUUGCUGCAGUGAAGGCACCCCGCACACACAACCGUCGCCGCGUGACCGGAUCCAGCGGAAGGAGGAGCGAAGGAAGAGAGAGUGAGCGGCAGAGGCCCAGCAUGGCCCGGCGUGUGUUUACUUCUGCUGUGCUGCUCCUCCUCGUCGUAGUGAUGAUGUGCUGCGGCAGUGGAGGUGCACAAGCUGGUGUGGAGGAUCAGUCGUCUGGUUCAAGGCUUCAAUGGGAGGUCAUCACUGACGAUGGUGUAACUAUGGACUUUUUGAGUGUUCCCGGCCUUCUAAAAGUGGGGAGUGGCGUAUUUGUCGUUGCCGAGGCGCAGUGCAAGAAGAAUGAUGGAGAAGAUACCUUUACUGGCAUUGCAUCCCAACUUCUCACGAUGGAAACGGGUAACGAACCGAAGGAAGUUCUGAAGGAUGCCAAAAAGAACACACAAGUUAUGGAGGAAGUCACUUCUGCAAAGGAGAAGAAGAAAGUAGAUGUGAGCCGACCAACAGCAGUUGUUGAGGGAAAUGAUAUUUACAUGCUUGUUGGAAAACACAGCCAUGAAGCUGCCGGUAACUGUCAGGCUGAGACCGAUAAUUUCAAAUCGGGAAUGUUGCUGGUGAAGGGUGAGGUCGGUGAAGGCGGCGACAAAAAAAUCCGUUGGAAGGAAACUGACGGUGUACCGUGCACUCUAGGCGAAAAACAAAACUCCUUGAAGUGGCUGAUUGGAGGCGGUGGAUCGGGUGUCAAGUUGAAGGACGGUACACUUGUGUUUCCGCUGGAAGGCACGAAGAAGGAGGAGGGAACUGGAAUGGAUGGAAAGAAAAAAACCGUUUCUUUGGUACUAUACUUGCAGGAUACUAAUAGUUGGAAGCUGUCGAAGGGGAUGUCUGCCGAUGGCUGCAGUGAUCCCUCCGUCGUGGAGUGGGAGAAGGAGGGCAAACUCAUGAUGAUGACAGCGUGUGAUGAUGGCCGUCGCAGGGUGUACGAGUCCGGCGACAAGGGGAAUACGUGGACGGAGGCACUCGGGACACUCUCGCGUGUGUGGGGCAACAAAAAGGACGGAGAAGGGAAGGCCGUUAGGAGCGGGUUCAUCACAGCGACUUUUGGCACUGGAGAUGAGCAGAAAAAUGUGAUGCUCGUUACUCUGCCGGUGUAUGCCAAAGAAAAACAAAAAGAAAAAGAGAGGGGCGAACUCCAUCUUUGGCUGACGGACAAUACGCACAUUGUUGAUAUUGGGCCGGUAUCCGGGAAGGACGAUGGCGUUGCCGCCAGCUCCCUGCUGUACAAAGGUGCUGAAAGUGAAACUAAUGAGGAGUUGGUUGCACUGUACGAGAAGAAGAAGGACGGUGGGGGGAAACCAUCAAACAGCCUUUGGUCUGUGCGUCUGACUGCGCAGCUGGAGCGGGUGAAGGAGGUGCUGGAGACCUGGAAGGAAGUGGACGAGCAUGUCUCCAAGCUGUGUUCUCCUGAGAGUGCUAAGGAGGACACCUCACCUGACAAUGCUUGCAGCGCUGCCAUUCCGACGGAUGGGCUGGUUGGCUUUUUAUCCGGCAACUUCUCUGAUGGCACAUGGAGGGACGAGUACCUCGGGGUGAACGCAACAGUAAAGAAGGGAGCGGAAGAAGGAGCGUCAGCAGCGGUAGCAGAGAAAGCAGAGUCUUCAGAUGGCGUGAAGUUCACAGGGCGUGGUGCGUGGGCGGAGUGGCCCGUUGGCAGUCAGGGGGAGAAUCAGCUGUACCACUUUGCGAAUUACAACUUCACUCUUGUGGCGACGGUGUCCAUCGACGGUGAGCCGACGAAGGAGGGUCCUAUUUCUUUGAUGGGUGCGAAGAUGAAGGAUGCAGAGAAUCCAGUACUUCUUGGACUGUUGUACAGAAACAACAACGAGAAGAAAUGGAUGCUACUGUGCGAUGGCAGAGAGAACAAGGGGCUCAGCAGCCCUUGGCAACCAGGGAAAAAACACCAAUUGGCCAUUGUGCUACAGAGCGGCAGCCAGAUCUCGGCGUACGUUGAUGGUCAGCCUGUGGGUGGGGAUGAACAAUGUGCAUUGGAAACUACGGAAUCAAAGGUGAUAUCACACUUCUACAUUGGAGGGGAUGG